ACUCCGCUACCCGGGAUCCGGUUCCCAUUGAAUGUAACGGUGGAACCGGUUCCACGGUCUCCUCAACUGCACAGCGCGGUUGGGAAUUUGUAAAAAAAAAUCGCCUUUUUUUGUCGCUAAGCGUCGUUUCACGAACGAAUCCCGCGCGUAGAAACAGUCUUUGUGUGUUUAAAGUUGCACGCCAGAGUGCUUGUUUUUAUUGUAAAAAAAAAACAUUUUUAAGUAUCUGCCAAGACUGGAGGAGGGAACCGUCGCGGUCAAGCGAAGGCGGCGGGGUCACCUCGCCUCUCUCCCGUUCAACUUCUCUCGGCGGGCUGCUGUUGGAAAAACACACGUACACACACACACGUAAUACGACGUACGUACACGCGCACACACACACGCACCAGCAAGUCGGCGGGCAUGAGCUGGUCCCUGCGUCUGGCCGGCAAGCGGCAGCGGCGCGCCGUGCGCCUGUGCCUGGCGUCGGCGCUGCUGGUCGUGGCGCUGCUGGCCCUCGCCCCGGCGCUGCUGCCCCCGUCGCUGGCUCUGCCGCUGCUGCUGGGCAACCCGUUGAAGGAGCGGCGCUUCGUGGGCGCCGACGCGUGCCCUGCCUGCUUCGGCGUCAGCUGGUGCCGCAGGUUCUCGGCCGGGCAGCUCGUGCUCGACUCGUGGCACCGCCUGCGCUUCUUGGAUUUUGUCAACGUCAAGCAGGUGUACUUUGGCCACUAUGACGACCCGCGAGAAGGCCGCAAGGCUGUGGUACUGAAACGCUUGGGCAGCGCCUCGGAGCUGGCGGCCUUGGACCGCGACAUCUGUCAGGAUGCUGCGAUUGGCAGCGGCGGCGGCGGCGGCGGCAGUGACGCAGCGACACCUUGCCACCCAGCGUUGGCCAUGCUGCACUGGGAGCCUUUCCACCAGGCCAUGCUGGGGGGCGGCAGCCACUCAGGUCCCCGGCAGGAGCAGCACUUGAGCCCCAACGAUGAACACCGGCCGGGGCAGAAUCUAAUUCACAACCCGGUACAGAAUAAAAUAGAGCAGCUGGCGCAACUUGAACAGCGGCAGCAGCAGCGGCAGCAGCAUCUGCUGAAUCAGAACUUAAUACAAGUUCAACAGGCAGGUCCACCUCUCCCACCGCAGCAGCAGCAGCAGCAGCAGCAGCAGGCGGUGGUGCCGCGACUGCUGACGCCGGCGAUGGUGGCGGGCUGGUCGGACAUGGUGCGCUGCCCGUCUCAGCGCCUGCUGGACCGCGUGGUGCGGCGCUACGCGGAGGCUCGCGACUCGGGCAGCGUGCUGCUGAGCCACCUGCACGAGGGCGAGCGGGCGCAGCUGCUGCUGACGCUGCGCUUCAACCCUGAGCCGCUCGUGUUGCAGAGCUUCCCGGCGGACGAGGGCUGGCCCUUCCCAAAAUACCACGGCGCUUGCGGCCGUCUCGUGGUCGAGGCCCUCGUGGGGCCCACGCUCUGGGAGCUGUGGGACGCGCCGUGGCAACGCCGUGCCGAUCUGGCCGCGCAGCUCCUGGACCUCGCCUCGCAGCUCAGCGACAACGACCUGGACUACGCGCUCUACCCCCUCGACGUCACGCCGGACAACUUCGCAGUGGGCGAGCGCGACGGCCGCGUCGUGCUGGUGGAUGCCGAGAACGUGCUCGUGGUGGACAAGCGAGCCUUGCGGCAGGAAAAACCCGACGGCUGGGACAAGUGGUACGAGAGCGGCAGCGAGGACGGCGACGACGUUGGCGGCGCUGGCGGUGGCCCCAACCUUGUCGCCAUGGACUCGUCCCCGCCGGACGGCGCCUGCGAGGGCUGCCUGUCGUUCUCGCGUGACGCGCUAUGCACGCGCGCGCACCACGACCACAACUUCUACGCCGUGUGCCGCAGCCUGCUGUCGCCGCGCUCGCUCUGGCGUGGCCGCCGCGGCGGGCUCCUCCACUCGGCCCCGCGCGCCGUCGCCUCCACCGGCCGCCUGGUCCGGCUCGUGGAACGCUGCGCUGAUCCGAGGGGCCGUCCCGGCCUCGGGGCCGGAGAGAGGCCCGGCGAGAGGAGGGUGCAGGCGGCCCGGGAGCUCCGCGCGUACCUGGCGGAGCUGCUGGCCGGGAAUAACGAAGGCGACGGUAAAUGGGAGGAGCCGGUGGUGCCUUUUGGCUGAGCCUGGCACAGCUGUCUCCUCGGUGAAUUCGGCAAAAGGCUUUUGUGGGAAACCAGAGGCCCCAAGGGCCAGAACCGACCCAUGACAACCCCGCGACCACUUGAGGCCUACAAUCGAUACUUAUUCUCAUGGCAGAUCAUCAUGGGAUCAAACUACAGUGACUCAUCAUGCGAGCAAAUAUGAAGGUCGUUUCUGCGACACGGUGGUAGCUGUCCUUGCAGACAUUUUGCGAGCUGCAUUUUAAAACACUUACAGCAUCCAGUCUGUUGAGAGUUGGCCAGGUGUGAAGAGGAUGUUGCUGUAGGUGGUGAUAACGUGAAGAUUUGAUCACCUGCGUCGACUCCAGCGGGUUGAUGUUCAUCGAUGGUGUCACAACAGUCUGAAUAUGAAGACAUUUUACAAAACGGACCUAAAGUUGCAGUAUUAUAUUUACAGUUUUGUGUGAAGCUCAGAACAAUGAAGUAUAUAUAUAAAAAACCUUUCUUCUAUCAAUAUUCCUACGACUACAGUUUACAAUUUACGUUCAUUUACUAUUCAUUUUUUAUAGUUGAUCAGGGUGUAUGGCUGAACAUUUGCAAUAUGUAAAAACCUUGCAAUAUGUAUAUACACAUUUACAUCAAGCAAUGCCCAGCCAUUGUAAGUUCACUCCCUGUGAAAACCAUGGUUUGGACCACUGGUCACAUUGCAAUGCAGUACAAAUAACUCAUGGAUUUAAAAAUAAACAAAGGAUAUUGUUUUAUAGUUAGAAUAAAAGACCAUCUAAGUCCUGUCAGACCAACAUUUUCCAGUACUGGUUUUGACUUGCUCUUGAUAUCACCAGCAGGGUGUGUGGCCCCAACAAACACUCUCACGGGUGAAAACUUUCCUUGAAAUACUGGCCAUGUCCUUAACCAUAAUUCACGUUUUUCCAUGCAGCUUCACAACACCAGGUUGCAGUGUCCACGUGUGAUGAAAGACGUGCGUAUCGCUGCCGCAAGUCCAUGAGCCCAGCCGGUGGGGUAUCUCACAUGUCAGUACUACCUGAGGUGGCAUCGCUUUCGCGGUUACAAUUUCUGUAUGUGGCCAAUAGCAGUGAAUUAUAUAUGAUCGCCAUUUGAAAUGAGUGGGGGUUAUCAAAUAAUUCACUCUUAUUAGCCAUGUAAAUACACCGGUGCUACUCAGAUUUUGCUACCUUCGGUGGUACCAAUUUCAGCUCUGGCCCAUGGACGAUGCGGGGCAAGCCAGCAAAAGCAGCGACGUGCAGAAACGCAAAGGUGGCUGGGUAACUCAGGGGGCCCGACACCAGUCAGAGUGUUGGACCGGCAGCGCCGAAAUUCUGUGUUCAACCGCGUCCUCAUGCGAAUUGAGUUGAUGGUCUUAGGUCUUGUCAGCAGACUGCACGAAAGAAAAAACAUUACAUUUGUUUUGGUCACGUUGCCUUAUACCAGCACCAAGGCCUAAAAACUAAUGUAUCCAUGUGAUAAACACCUAUAGCAGAGCAUGUGAGGUGCAUUGCCUCUGAAUGUAUUGUGGUGUCAUCUUCCAGAAGCUGUUCUGAUGCAGGGAGAUGCACUGCUGUCUGUGGAAUUGUGAAUGUGACAUGUCCCGUUGACUUACGCCCUGAGUGGGCACAGCCAGUAUUGCCGCUGGUGCAUACGCAAUAAGUACAUAACGAUUCUUCAGUUAAGGUUGAUUAUGGAUCGAUUGUGCGCAUAAGAACCUGUGAAGAAAUGAAUGCGCAAUGUGGAACAAUCGCGACAGAAUGACACGGAACUUGAGACAAAAUACGAAUGAGACGAUACAAAUUGUGGCAACAAAAAAAAUUGUUCCUUGAAUCAAAUCGUGACCCUGAAUUGUGACAGUACAUGAAUUUGGGGAAAGGAGUGAAAAAUUAAUAUGCAUCGUAUAUAUGAACAGGAUAGUGUCAAACAGCAAGGACCUAGGUUCGAUUCCUGGCUCAGCUGCCUUUCUAUAUGGAGUCAUGUUCUUCCCCUAUUCUGCAUGAAUUUCCGCCGGUCUCUCCAGUUUCCUCUCGUACAUAAAAAAGGACAUACACUAUAACUUGUAUUGGACAAAAAUCCCAAAGCUGGAAAGUCACCUGCAAAUUACUUAAUUUGAACUACACAUAGCAACUUGUGGCCCCAGCUGCAAAUACUUGCUAGGACUGUUGAAAGACUUUUGAGACUCAAAAGAGUCCUGGGUAAACAUGCGUAAUAAAAAAUACUGCAUAAUUCAUGCAACACA